AUGGCUGGGUGCAAAAACAAAUGCACAAAAUGUGAUCUCUCGUCAUUAUUCUGCUUUCAGGAUGUGAUCUGUGGCGCUUUAAUCUCUGCUGUCCUCGUGUUUUUCACCUACCCUCACUGGGAAACCUUCGACCACUUUCAACUCACCAGCCGCAUCUCCCCCAUCCUGGCGUUGGCACUGCCCCUCUUUCUCAGCUACACGUACCCAGAGCUGGACCACUACUGCACCACGCGCGGCGACACCACCACCAUUCUCGGGGCCUGGGCUGGAUGCUCAGUGGGAUACUGGGUGAAUGUGCAGCUCGGGCAGACUUUUGAGCCCCAAGGCGAGUUACCUGUACCUCUACCCACACUGACAGCUCACGCACUGACAGUAAGCGCAGCCCGCUUCCUGUUAGGAGUUGUGGCGCUAGUGGGAACACGACAGAUAGUUAAAGCACUGAGUCUGCAGGUCUUGUAUUCGUGGUACAGAGUGCCAAGAAGUAAUGAAAGUGCCAGGAGGAGGAGAGAAAUUGAAGUGCCGUAUAAAUUUGCUACAUAUACAAGUGUUGGACUUGUUAAUUCGAUAUUGGUCAAUAGAGUCUUCUUUCUGCUGGGGCUGCUUUGACCUGAUAAUACAAGACUGACGAUGCUAUGAACUUGCAAUGACAAAAAUGGACCUCAUAUUUAUUUGAGUGUGUAUCAGAUGAUCUUCUUUUUUUUUUUUUUACAUGGUGUGUUUCAGAAUCAGUUCUCGCAGGGAAUGAUUCACAACGUGGCUCAUGUGACUGACCUGUAACUGAGCUGAAAGCAAAUACAGUUUUGCUCAUUGACCAAGAA